UCUUUCGGAAGAUUGGGCAAUGCGACCUACCUUUUGCGUCGCAACUCUUCUUCACCGUCUCAACCAUCCGUUCACUUUGCAGCCUGCCUUUGGCAUCGCAACUCUUCUUCGCCGUCCCAGCCAUCCUUUCACUUUGCAGCCUACCUUUCGCAUCGCAACUCUUCUUCAGCGUCUCAACCAUCGCUUCACUUUGCAGCCUACCUUUUGCGUCGCGAGUCUUCUUCUCCUUCUCCACCAUCCUUUCACUUUAACCUACAAUCAUCGCAAUGGACGCUCCCAACCCCGCAACCCUAAAGUACUUUGGUCCUCAUCUUAAAGGCGACACGAAUACCGAUCAUGUUGAAUACCACAAGGCUCAAGAUCUCUUCAACGAUCAGAAAGAGGACGAAUGCGCAGCGAUUUGUCGCGCUAGAAUCAACACCAGUCCACCCAUGUUUUGGGAGGCCAAGUACCUUACCUUGCUUUCUGCCGCGACCGAUAGCUGGCACCGAGCUGAGAGAUACCGUCUGCAUGCUGAGAGCCUCUGGGAUCGCUUGUGGACCCACAGAUACGAGCACAUGAUAAUGCCGAACGUCAUGAACCAGAUGCGCAGAGAGUUGACUGCUGUGCUCGAAGCCCAGGAGGGAGGUGGACCCGAUGAAGAGGAAGAGCUGGAAGAGUACUGGAAUGAAUGGAACAAGGACAAGCUGCUGGACGCAACCGUGUUGAACGCCGUCAAGGACGCCAGCGCCAGCGCCAGCGAGGUUGAUUCUGGAAGCGGCCUGGCGACCCAUGGCACUGAGACUGAGGCCACCGAGGCCACUGCCACCACUGCCACCACUGCUAGUCACGCCGAUAUCGAGAACGAAAAGAACAUCGCCAACAUCGCCAGCGAAGAAUAGGCCGCCCUCGAAAAGAAGAACGCCGCAAGACUCGAGAAACCCAUCCGUGCGCUCAGAAAGUACGGUCACGUGCGUGCUAAGUCAGCACCCGCUGAUGCACGCGGCUUCCGCCAACUCUCCGUGAGCAUCUCACCAAACAUUGUCUCCAACAUUCGUC